ACAAACUGCACUGCAUUGCAACUCGUGAAUAGAAUAGUAAAAUUUUCAAAGGAAAAUAAUAAAAAUUCCGCAUAUUUAUUUCGUUUCUGGUGACAAGAAUCGAGAAAGGGAUAUAUUUUAUACAUUUCUUGCCGCGACUGUCGUUGUGUAAGCUCUUUUAACAGUGCAUUUUCUCCCGCUUUGGUGUCUGGCGGCGGUUGUAUUUUGUAUUGUAUAAUAAUGGAAUAGAAAUGCUUUUGUGAAUGCAAUGAGAGACGAUAUUUCGCCACAGAAAGAUAACUUUGAUUAUUUCUGGUCUGGAUGAAUAUUAUGGAAUAAAGCGGCAUUAAUCCUUGGUUGUUCACUGUCGUUGUUAUGUGAUCAGUGAUCUCAGGGCGGCUUGUUCAUACAUGUAUAUUAUUUGGUGAUGAAUAUAGCAAACAACGAAGAGCCAGUAGUCAAAAGUGAAAACAUAGUAAAUAAUGAACGGUAUAUUGAAGUACCCAGAGGUUGGAAUCGAUGUUUGGAAAAUGGCAACAUAGUAUAUUUCAGUCCAACUCAGAUAUGCUUGAGAUCAAAGGAAGACAUUGCAAGAUACUUGAUCUCAGACAGGACUUGUAAAUGUGGAUUGGAUUGCCCUCUCUAUAUUGAUAAAGUUUUUGACUUUGAUGCAUCCUUACCAAGCCGUCACUUCAGGCUCUUAAAGUUGGAAAAUGAUCAUAAAACGUUGUGUAAAGAAACCAUCAAAGCAAGGUUUGCUACCCUUGCCCAGUCACAAACAGUUAUUAAGCCAGAAGUGAAUGUUGGCAAGCCUGUGGUGAUUAAGAGAAAGUCUGAAGUAUCUGUGCCGAAGAAGAAAAAUGAAGCAUCAAAAUCACCAUCAUUUGAUACACUUGUCAGUUUGGCAGAUGCAAAACCAAACCAAACUCUACAAGAAGAGGAACUGAAACCAAAGAAACCAAGAAAGCCUGUAUUGCAUCAGAAAAAAUCAAACUUAACAGUUACAUCAGUUAUACCUAUGCCUGUGACCACUGCUGCAAUGGUCCCAAAUUACCAAACAGUUCAUUCAAAUAUGUCACCGGUACUUCACAGUUCUUUCAUGAUUCCGAAAUCCCCAAGUGUCGAUGCUGUUCCAAUGGCACAACAACAACAACCCACUGUCUCAACUGGGGCUGUUUUUGGUGGUUCAGAUCAUCAAGUUCAUUCUCAAAAUGUUGGUUCUCUGUUGGCAUUUCCGUCAACACAAUUAAAUGCUUCAAGUUUUUUAGCUGCCCUGUCCUCGGCUCCCUCCACUAUUUCAGGGAGAACAACAUCCACACGUGCAGGUGAAGUUAGCUAUGUCCACCCCUUGCAUCCAUUUUCCACCAAGUCGACUGCAGAGCAAGCACAAUUUGGUCAAAAAAUUGCAGCUUUUCCAGGUGUUCCAAGCCAAUCAAAUAAUGUUGUGUAUUUAUCAAGUAGUGGUUUGCAUACCAUAGCCAACCAAAAUUCAAACGUUAAUUGGCCACAAGCUCCUGGUAUUCCGCUCUCCAGACUGCCUCAAGCCAGUCCAGAUAAAACUUCCCUGGAGAAACCUAAAGGAGGUUUUACAAUGAAAGUUCAGGAAAAUGCGCCAAAGCUGGUGUUUCCCUAUCCAAAUCAGGCACAAAAUCCAGCAACGAUGACUUCUAGCAGUGCAUCUCACGUCACAUCCAAAGCACAACUGAAACAUGAUUUACCACAAGUUGUACAGAAACAACUACCUGUUAAUACAACAGUCCCAGGUAGAUCUGAACCAGCAUUGCCAACGAAAGUGCAUCCAAUUGCUAUAUCCUCAAACUCGGAUAAGCCCAACAACAUCAGACCUCCAACCAACCCGGUGGAUCCGUUAAACCAACCACUUCAAUAUUGUGGCAUAAUAUUACAACCAGGUGUUGUACCAGGCGUACAGCUGGCCGGUGCAACCCCCCGGCCUAGUGCAGGCGCAUGUAAAAGUCAAGAACAAAAUCCCUAUAGUAAUCUGUACACAUUACAGGGAUUACCGUAUGGAAAUAAUGUUGCAAACCCCACAGUCCUCGGUGUGACACCCAACACUGUAAUACCAUAUUUCCUUGGUAUCACACAACCAGGUACACCAAAACCCAUUGUACCAGCAACCACGGCAACGACUACAACGAAAGAGUCUUCGCCAACCACUUACGCAGCUCCUGUGAGUACAUCCGCUAUUGCUGCUGCGUAUAGUGCCUUUGUUUCGAUAGCGCCCGCUUCAGUUACUACAUCGAGUUUUUCACAACAGUUGGUUAACCUAGUAAGUAACUAUAAUAAUCCAUAUUGGCAACAAUUAUUAACUCAAGGGGCGAGUUCAAACACGUUAGCGUAUCAGCUUAUGCAAAUCAGUCAGUAUGCAAGUACACGUCCUGGUUUGCCAAGUCAAAACACAAAAACAUUUAAUGGCAAAAACACGACUCCAUCUUAUGGCCAAACUAAAAUGACCGCGUCGACUUCUAAAUCUUCCGGAUCUAGUUCUCAGGAAAGUAAACCAAAAAUUGUUGCGAAGAAUACACCUAUACCAGUUCCUGUCACGACCAAUGCUGUAACAACAUCCGGUGUUGUUGCUGUUGGAAGUACGUCCAGUGUUGUUAUUACAAAUACGAUUGUGUCUACAGUUGAUGAAGGAGAAAGGAGAAAAGUAUCAGACUCUACUAGCAUGUCCAUGAUAAGCAAAUCCUGUACUUCGAGCACGGUUACUUCUUGCAGUGCGACAGUUGCUUCAACAAAGGACAACAAUAUGAAACAGGAACAUACGUCCACCACUACUACCACUGAGAUAAGCACUCCGAUGAAUUCUAGUUCAAUGGAAAAAGAUGAUUUUAAUAGUGUCGAGUCUAGUUCAACACAUGAGACCUCAGCUGAGAAAACUGCUCGCACAGAUACAGAGACUGGUAGCAAUGAAAGUUUAACGGAAAAUUGUGUUUUUACCAAUAGUGAAAAAGAUAUUUGUACAAAGGACAAGUCUGCAGAGGAAAUAGAAUGCGCAAGCAGCGAGACAAAUGCUGCAGCAAAUGACAAUUCACUGCAGAAUAAUGAGAAAGAUGAUCUCAAAAAUGACACAUCAGAAGAGAAAGAAGGUUCCUCUGCAAGCGAGAUAGUUGUUUCGACACCUGACGAUUCAGUGGAGAAAAUGGAUUGUGUUAGUAACGAGGCAGUUAAGUUAACGAAUAACGAUUCAGCAGAAAAAUGCGAGAUAGUUGAUAGUGAUAUGGCUGCUUCAAUACAUGACGAUUCUGCGGCAACGAAAGAAUGCACUAGUAACGAAGCAAUUGAAGAUAGCAACACAGAAGAAAAAAGUGAUUGCAUUACUAGCGAAGUGGAUGAUGGUAUGUCUUGUGAAAAUAAAGACAACCCGGUUAAUCCCGAUUUAAUUGAUACUAUCACUCAGAAUUCCGGUCAGGAAGUGUGUGGUGACAUGAAAAAAGAUAUUGUGACACCACCGAAUGAAUUGUCGGAAGUCAUUUCAACAGAUGAAAUCACAAACGAUAGUUUGAAUUCAGAGACGGAAGAAGUUAGUGUGACCAGCGUUACAGUUAGUAAAGACUCUAUCACGAUAGAAAGCGAACAGUUAAUUGACUCUAGUACAUCGGAGAGUCAAAGUAUUGUCACCGCUGAAGGUAAAUCAACAUCGGAGUGUGAAGUUGUGAAGUCUCCCGACGCUCAUACUGAAAGUUCAACUGUAAAAUCUGACUCAGAGAAUGUUAACAGCGAAUGUAAUAAUACUACAUUAGACUUAGAUAAUGAUACUAGCCAUGAAUGUUCAAAUCUUACCCUGGAAUCAAGUACGAAUGAGGAGAGACACGUCGAAGUCUCUGAAGUGGACAAAGAAAGCGAUUGUGAUGUUAAAACAGAGACACUUGGAAACAAUGAUAUUGGAGCGGACUUAGUUACGGAUACAAAUGUGAAGACAGGUGCACCUGAAGAUAGUGUGCCAAACGAACCAAAGAUGGAAACAGAAGAUGAAGCUUCAAGCAGUAUGUCGAAAAAACGGAAAUGUGAUGAAGAGUGCAAGGUCAUAAAUAAGAAGGAGAUAAAAAAGCAGGAUGUUCAGAAUUGCAAAACUGAGAGUGUGUUAAAUGAUGCUAAAAUCACUAAAGAAGUGAAUCAAGAGAUGGUAGCCUCAGAAGCUCCCGUGGAGUUUACGAUUGGUGAUAUAGUGUGGGCCCAAGCGAGAGGUUUACCAUCUUGGCCUGGUAAGAUUGUUCACGAACGUGAUGUGGGAAAUGGCAAAGCUGCUGCUGAUAUUGGAAAGAAAUGGGUUAUGUGGUUUGGAGAUCAUAAUUUUAGUCAAGUAGAAGUCGAGAAACUAAAGACGUUGACCGAUGGUUUGAAAACGUUGGAUGAUAAAGGCAAAAAAAGAAAAUAUAGAGGCAAGAGGACAAGGGUAGGAUUGGAGCAAGCGAUAAGCGAGGCUCUAGAGGAACUGGAUCAGCGAGAAAGACUAAGGUCUAGGCAAGGUCCUAAAGCGAAGAAACGAAGGUUAUAACAGUCUAUCUUGCAUCAUUGAAGGCAAGUGAUGUUUGCAGUAUGUCAAUAUUUAUUACUGCAGCAGGAUGGUGCUCUUCUAGCGUUCCCUUUCAUGCAUCAGUUAAUUCGCAUCAAAUCCAAUGUCAAUUGCCCUGACAAGAAAAGUUUUGUAAAAAUAUAGUAACGAAACGAGCAAGUGAGAAGUAUUAUUCAUAGACAAAUUAUCUGGCCAGCCAAUUAUUUGGUUGGGGCGGGGAGUUUUAAUGGUAGCCUGGGGAGAAGAAUGGAUUUCACUGAUGCAUUAUUUAUAGGAAUAGGAACAAGAUGUCCAUGCAGUAUAAAUGUAUUAUUAUUAUGUUCUUCUUCUGAUGAUAGCACUAACUGUAAAUAGUUUUGAGCAGAAUCAUGUAAUAAAAUAUGAUGAAUUUCUGUUAACUAUGGAGCUUUCAGUGAAGAGGCAUUCGUUGUGCAUCCUGGACUGCAUUUUUGUAAAUCUGCGCCAAAGAAAACAUAUGUCCAUUUUCGAUCAUCUUUUCGAAUCUGAAUGCCAAUUUUCCUUUUAUAAAGUACGUAAAAAUUACAUGCAAUUGACUGCUAGCGAGGCAGAUGUUUUGAACUGUGUUCGCCAAUUUCUGGCGGAGCGAUGUAAAUGUUUGAGAUAUUCAAACAAUUUCUAUAGCAAUAGACCUUUCCCCUUUUAGCUUCCUAGCGCGCAAUGCGUGACGGUAGUUGUUUAUCAAGCAACUUUGAGUUGCGAUAUCGCUCUGCUUCGAGGCGAUUUUGUUUGUAAGACCUUCCCGAUUCUUUUGCGUCUUUAAACUAAAUCGCUCCUGAACAUGGCGAAAUCACAACUCAAAUUGACCUUGAUAAUCAACUACCGUCACGCUUUGCGCGCUUGAAAGCUAAAAGGGGAAAGAUCUAUUGUAAAAGCGAACUCUCGUUUUUUUUCUUUUUGUUGUGACAUAUUGAAGAUAAAAAAAUAGGUCGUAUUCUCGCCCGCCGUUGCGGUACCGGUAUGGUCGCAGUACUAGACUUUAGUAUUAAAUAUAUCAUUAUUCCUUUAUCUGUUGGCAUGGACAUAUUUCGUGGGUUUGUAGUGUCUAUAAUACUAAAUAAAUUAUAAGCUGUAAAUUAUAGCCGAGUUACCUGUUUUGUAUAUAUAGGCUAAAUAAAAUGUAGACCAAGCAUAA